AUGGCAGCCGAGGAGAUGAGGCGGGCCUCCGCCUCCACGGCGGCCGCGGCCGCGGCCACGGCGGAGGUGCCGGCGGCGCCGGCGCAAGCGGGGUCGAGGUGGGCGCGGGUGUGGCCGAGCGCGCUCCGGUGGAUCCCCACCUCCACGGACCGCAUCAUCGCCGCCGAGGAGCGGCUCCUCUCGAUAGUCAAAACUGGGUAUGUCCAGGAACAUGUCAACAUUGGCUCUGCUCCACCUGGGUCAAAAGUAAGAUGGUUUAGGUCAGCAAGUGAUGAACCAAGGUUCAUUAAUACUGUAACAUUUGAUGGCAAGGAGAACGCUCCCACCUUGGUUAUGGUCCAUGGCUAUGCAGCUUCACAGGGGUUCUUCUUUCGAAACUUUGAUGCCCUUGCAAGCCGUUUUAGGGUGAUUGCCAUUGAUCAGCUUGGCUGGGGUGCUUCAAGCAGACCUGACUUCACAUGUAAAAGUACCGAAGAAACUGAGGCAUGGUUCAUAGAUUCUUUUGAGGAGUGGCGCAAGGCCAAGAACCUCAGUAAUUUUAUAUUGCUUGGUCACUCCUUUGGAGGAUAUGUUGCGGCAAAGUAUGCCCUAAAGCACCCUGAACACAUUCAGCACUUAGUUUUGGUUGGUCCUGCUGGCUUCUCGUCAGAAACAGAGCAAAGCUCUGAGUGGUUAACCAAGUUUCGAGCAACAUGGAAAGGCAUGCUAAUGAAUCAUCUUUGGGAGUCCAAUUUUACUCCCCAAAGAGUUAUUAGAGGAUUGGGUCCUUGGGGUCCAGGUCUAGUACAAAGAUAUACCAGUGCCAGGUUUGGUACACGUUCAACUGGUGAAUUACUAACAGAUCAAGAAUCGACAUUGUUGACAGAUUAUAUUUACCAUACCUUAGCUGCCAAAGCUAGUGGAGAGCUGUGCUUGAAAUAUAUAUUUUCCUUCGGGGCAUUUGCAAGGAAACCUCUUCUGCAGUGCGCAUCCGAUUGGAAAGUGCCGACUACUUUCAUAUAUGGGCAGGAAGAUUGGAUGAACUACCAAGGGGCUCAGCAAGCACGGAAGGACAUGAAAGUUCCUUGUGAAAUAAUCAGGGUGCCACAGAGUGGACAUUUUGUGUUUAUAGACAACCCUUCAGGGUUCCACUCGGCUGUCUUCUACGCGUGCCGUAAUCUUUUAUCCCCAAACGGAGAGGAGGGCUUCACAUUUCCUGAUGGCCUAAUAUCUGCGUGA